ACAUCCUCACACCUUCGCUAAAUUCCAAAAUCUCCAGCUUCUAAGAACAACCAAACAUCUUCAGCGACUACGUGUUCUAACCGCUUACCACUUCAUUUCUCCCUCUAUAUAUAAAAACAACAAAAUGCUUACCAAAACCAUUACAAUAUUGAUUUUAUAGCGCCCCCGAAAAAAUCUCUCUGUUCGUUCUCUCUUCUCUUGCACCUGAAGAGGUAGCUCCCCUCCGGCUCCCUUUUUUGAGCUCUGUUCGAGGUCCGACAGAUCGAGUAUGAGUCCUGUCGUGUUGACUCAACUGGCCACGGGUCUGAGCGUGUUGGCCGGGGCCGUGUUGGUCAAGUCGGUCAUGGAACAGAAGCCAAUGGCCGGCCCGUUCCCGCGGUGCCCCAGUUGCAACGGAACAGGCCGGGUCUCCUGCCUCUGCUCCCGCUGGUCCGACGACGAUGUCGGCUGCCGUUCAUGUGCCGGAUCCGGUCGAAUGGCGUGUAGAAGCUGUGGCGGGAACGGUACGAGCCGGCCCUUACCUGCCCAACUCAUCGUAAGGCCACCAAACCGUCCCUCUUAAUCCGGUUUGUGCUCGUUUGUUGUUACGGUUCUGUCAACUAAUAUUACAGUCUCUCUCUCUCUCUCUCUCUCUCUCUCUCUCUCUCUCUCUCUCUCUCUCUCUCUCUCUC